CCUCCUCCUCCUCCUCCGCCUCCGCCUCCUCACCAUGACAACGACACCUCCCCUCGUCUAGCAUCGUCAGGGAGAGGACGAACCCUCCACCUCCUCCGCUCGCGGUCUUUAUAGCGGGUGGUUAUUAUUGUGUUAAAUCAUUAGUAUGGCGGAUGUAUAUUCCAUGUAGGCACGGUCGCCUCUCUUGAUGCGUCGCGGAGCCGCCGGAGCCAGAGGGCCCGAGGGAGACGCCGCGUGAAACAACAACAACAACAACAACAACAACAACAUGGCUCCGCCGCCGCCGCCGCAGCAUCUCCAUCUCCAUCUCCAUCUCCAGCUGCUGCUGCUGCUGCUGCUGCUUCUCGCCCGGGUCGCGCCCUCGUCCGCCGCCGCCCGCUCCUCUCCGAUAUCCGACCUCAAGUCGAAGAUCUCGGGCGUGGAGGAGCUGCUGGAGGAGUUCCGCCUGCAGCUGCAGCAGGACCAGGCGCACAGGGAGGCCGAGGCGCUCGACGCCGACCCGUGCGCGCGCGACUUCGACGCCGCGCCGCAGCGCAUCAUCCGCACCAAGGCCUCCAUCGAGCGGGGGGCCACGUUCCUGCUGGCGCCGGAGCGCGUCGCCACCUGGAGGCAGUGCCUGCGCGUCUGCUGCGCGCAGCCCCACUGCACCGUGGCGGUGGUGCAGGAGGAGGCGCGGCGGCCGCCCGGCGACGGCCUCAGCUGCUACCUGUUCAACUGCACCUACCAGGGCCGGGCCGUGUGCUCCUUCGCCCCGCAGCAGGGCUUCACCACGUACAGCCGGGCGGCCAACGCGACGCAGGGCCCCGGCCCCGGGCCCGGGCCCGGCCCCGGCGACGGGCUGCCCGACGAGGAAGAGGCCAAAGCCGUGGAUGAGCCUCCCCGCAGCGACGCCGGGCGGGACGUGGUGGUCCAGCUGCCCACAGACUGGGCCGUCCUGUACGGCCGCGACAGCGUGGACGACCACGACAUCGGCCGCUACGAGUGGACCCUCCUCAAGGGAGACACGGCCAUCAACAUGAUGGCGACGCAUCCGGGGCUGCUGAAGAUCAGCGGCCUGCACGAGGGCGUGUACACCUUCCAGAUGACCGUCACCGACUCGGCGGGCCAGCGGAGCUCCGACAACGUCUCCGUCACCGUGCUGGCGCCCAAACACCAGGCAGAAGUUUGCACCGGCCACUGUUCAAACUACCAGUUCAGGUGCGACAACGGCUGCUGCAUCGACAUCACGUACGCCUGCGACGGGACGCAACACUGCCCGGACCGCUCCGACGAAGACUUCUGCCCAAACUUUGACGGCGGCAGGAAGUCGGUGAGCCACCCUGCCGGCGACCUGCCCGGCCCCCGCGUCCCCGGAGCCCGGACGGACGAGGCCGACGACGGGCCCACGCUCCAGAAGGCCGCGGGGAACGGCGUACCACCCCAGCGGGACGGGGCCGAGACCGCUCCUCCGAUAAGUCCCGGUCGGGGGCCGCCCGCGGUCAGUCAAGACCCCUGCGCUGCGGCGCCGGUCGUCGGACCCUGUAAAGGGACGUUCCCGCGCUGGUACUACGACCAAAGCGCGGGCGAGUGCAAACACUUCCUGUACGGCGGCUGCCAGGGCAACCACAACAACUUCCUGCAGGAGUCCGACUGCGUCAGUGAAUGUAUACGAAAAGGUCCGGUGUUCAAACCAGCGACCGUGGCUCCUCCCAUCACCAAACCGACUGAGAGAGCUGCAGCUAAAGUCUCCCAGAGCCAGGCCGACAGCGACGACGCCCCCAUCUCAAAACCCUUUGCAGCAAUGGGAGGACAUCCAGUCCCGGAGUCGGGCGCGAUCCUUCCUCUGGCGCUCGGCCUCAUCAUCACCGCUCUGCUGCUGCUCAUGAUCAGCUGUCGUCUCAGGUUCGUUCGCCACAAGCUGAAGAAAGCCCGACCCCUGACCACGGAGGAGUCCGAUUACCUCAUCAACGGCAUGUACCUGUAGCCACCCGACCGAGGGGAAGUGAACGCCACAUUGCAUGGAUCCGACAAGACAGAAUGGUCCGGGGAGGGGAGGGGGGUUGUGAUCACCAGAGCUUUGAGCCAGGACUUUUUUCUUUUUUUUUAUCUGCUGAGCCCUGAAUGUCUCGUCUCCUGUUUGUCCUCGCGUCAGACUGGAAACAUCCCGGCUUCUCCGUCGUCACGAACGUUUCUCAAAAACCUCCGGCUGGUACACCUGCUGCUGAUAGAUGCUGCUUGUGAGAUUGUACGUAGGUUGUCAUAAGAAAAUCUGAUUCCAUGAUGAAAUAUCAACAUUCAAUGCAGAUACGCUAAAGUCUAUAUGCCCCCAGUGACUUCUGGGAUACAUACGAGAGGUUCUUUGGUCCCGUUCCUUAUUCAGAUUAUUUUUAUUCCUCAGAUUGAUUCAUUUGAUAUUUUUAUUUUCAUUCAUUGUUCUGCUGUAUUCCAGCCACUGGGUGGCGCCAAUGUACCAUAUUUCUGCUGUAGAUUUAACCCGAACAAGGCUGAAAUGAGGGCGGACGUGUAAAAACUUUGGAGUGCCAGACGUUAUUAUCAAAGGUAUUCUUUAUAAGUAUCCCAGAAUGAUAUUAAGCCAUAAGUGAAUUCUGUCACAUCCCCCUCCUAGCUGAAUCAGUUGCAUGAAUAUUCCAUCGAGCAAACAUCUUGUGGAGUAUGUUACUGUAUGUACGCAGAUCUGUUCCCUCCCAAGUCUUUCAUGUCAGAUAUUAAAAGUUUAUAAUAUAUCAAAAAAUAUUGCUGUGAUUCACUGACAUUUAAAAAAAAAUGCUAUAUUUUAUAUUUACCCACAUUUUGAGACGUUAUUAAAUUAACAUCAAGGUCGUUAAGUUUUUUUCUAUAUGCACAUGGGGAUUUUGAGGACGGAGCAGUUUUAGAGCUGAACAUUAUAUAGUCUAUAUAUAUUAUAAAUGUAUAUCUAAUUUCUUUUUGUAAAAUUAGAAUAUGAUCUCCUGACAAGAUUCUAUAAGCAAAGGCAGACAAAAACAUAAGCCUCUCUUUAUUUUCAUAUGCCAUUCCAUAAACCGUGCAAACCAGAUAUCAUCCAUCACUCAGAUCACCAAAAAUAAAAUGUACUUCUUUUA